GGGGCCAGCUCGGGCGGUGGCUAGGGCGGCCUGGGCAGCUCAGUGCGAGCUGGGGAGGGUCGAGUCCGGAGUGGGGACAGUUUGCUGGACCUGCACUGAGAGGGCGAGCGCGGGGUGCGGACGGGCGGACCGGCGGCAGGAUGUUUAGCUGGUUGGGGCGGCAGGCGGGCGGGCGCGAACGAGCGGGCGGCGCGGACGCGGUGCAGACGGUGACGGGCGGCCUGCGCUCGCUCUACCUGCGCAAGGUGCUGCCGCUGGAGGAGGCGUACCGCUUCCACGAGUUCCACUCGCCCGCGCUGGAGGACGCCGACUUUGAGAACAAGCCCAUGAUCCUGCUGGUGGGCCAGUACAGCACGGGCAAGACCACGUUCAUCAGAUACUUACUGGAGCAAGAUUUCCCAGGCAUGAGGAUUGGUCCAGAGCCCACCACCGACUCCUUCAUCGCCGUGAUGUAUGGGGAGACUGAGGGCAGCACCCCAGGGAACGCUUUAGUCGUGGACCCCAAAAAGCCAUUUCGAAAGCUUAGUCGCUUUGGAAAUGCUUUCCUCAAUCGAUUCAUGUGCUCCCAGCUGCCCAAUCAGGUCCUGAAAAGCAUCAGCAUCAUCGACAGCCCCGGCAUCCUGUCUGGGGAGAAGCAGCGCAUCAGCCGAGGGUAUGACUUCUGCCAGGUCCUGCAGUGGUUUGCUGAGCGGGUGGACAGGAUCAUCCUGCUCUUCGAUGCGCACAAACUGGACAUCUCAGACGAGUUCUCGGAGGCCAUCAAGGCCUUCCGGGGCCAGGACGACAAGAUCCGCGUGGUGCUGAACAAGGCUGACCAAGUGGACACGCAGCAGCUGAUGCGCGUCUACGGGGCCCUCAUGUGGUCCCUGGGCAAGGUCAUCAACACUCCCGAGGUGCUGCGCGUCUACAUCGGCUCCUUCUGGGCGCAGCCCCUGCAGAACACUGACAACCGCCGGCUCUUCGAGGCCGAGGCCCAGGACCUGUUCAGAGACAUCCAGAGCCUUCCUCAGAAGGCGGCGGUGCGCAAACUCAAUGACCUCAUCAAGCGAGCGAGGCUGGCCAAGGUACAUGCCUACAUCAUCAGCCACCUGAAGAAGGAGAUGCCAAGUGUAUUUGGAAAAGAAAACAAGAAGAGAGAGCUUAUCAGCAGGUUGCCAGAAAUCUACAUUCAGCUGCAGCGAGAAUACCAGAUUUCUGCAGGGGACUUCCCCGAGGUCAAGGCAAUGCAGGAACAGCUUGAGAGCUAUGACUUCGCCAAAUUCCACUCGCUGAAGCCCAAGCUGAUCGAGGCCGUGGACAACAUGCUGAGCAGCAAGAUCUCGUCCCUGAUGAGCCUCAUCAGCCAGGAGGAGACGAGCAUGCCCACGCAGCUGGUGCAGGGCGGGGCCUUCGACGGCACUGCCGAGGGCCCCUUCAACCAGGGCUACGGGGAGGGUGCCAAGGAGGGCGCCGAUGAGGAGGAGUGGGUUGUGGCCAAAGACAAGCCUGUCUACGAUGAGCUCUUCUACACCCUGUCGCCCGUCAACGGCAAGAUAUCGGGCGUCAACGCCAAGAAGGAGAUGGUGACCUCCAAGCUGCCCAACAGCGUCCUGGGCAAGAUCUGGAAGCUGGCCGACUGUGACUGCGACGGCAUGCUGGACGAGGAGGAAUUCGCACUGGCCAAGCACCUCAUCAAGAUCAAGCUCGAUGGCUACGAGCUGCCCAACAGCCUGCCCCCGCACCUCGUGCCACCCUCCCACAGGAAAUCCUUGCCGAACGCCGACUGAGGGGCAAGCCGCACACAGCGAGGGCGGUGUGGGGCUAGAAUUGGGGGGCCUGGGCCAGAGGCCCCCACUGCCACUGACUCACUGAGCGACCCUGGGCGAGGCACUGCCCUCUCUGUGCCUCGGUUUCCCCAUCUGUAGAACGGGGAGGGCAGACACUGGACACUAGAUGAGAUCCGUUCACCUUAAAAUUCCCAGAGUUUCUACUAAAAUGUUGGGGGGACGGGGUGGAUACAGGGAUGGAAGCGUUGAGAAGAAAGGAAAAUCGUCCAAGGAGUCCUCCAAAGCCUAGAGAAGCCCAGAUGUGGAAUCCCAGGAGCCAGGGCGUGUCAGCUGGGGGCUGUGCUGGGCUUCACUGGACUGUCCAUCAUUUUGAACCUGGCUGUCCCUCAGAGAGCACCGGGAAGCAGCAAAGACCAGCUUAUUUAUUUUGUCUCUUGCUCUAUUUGGAGUGAAAAAAAAAACAGCUGAGAAGGUUUCUGUUCUCUCCAAACUGUCUACCAAAGAGUAGACUGCUGCCCCAGCUUUGAGAGGAGGACGCACCAUUUCUGCGUGUCCCCGUCCCUUCUGUGGGCCCGCAGAGCCCGCGGCCAGGCCGCAGGGAGCAUCCAUCCCAGCGCCUGCUGGCCGGCCCUCCCAGGGCUCCCCCAACCUUGCGGCCUUCCCAGCAAAGUUGUAUUUGGUUAGAAAUUUGGAACUCACAACCUUUAUUAACCCCUGGCAAGAGUUCUAGUAUUCAUUUCAAGUCACGUUGAAAUCUGAAGAUUAGCUUUAUUUGUCUGACAACAGGUUGUAGCAAAGUUUAUCAUACUUAAACUAGAGUAAGAAAAGCAGUGGUUCUCUCCAGUCUUCAGUUAGUGUGGUUACACGUCCCCAAGGCUCCUUGGUCAAUGGCAGGAUUUAAAUCCAGAAAAAACAUGAAUUAGUGCGUGCAGUGUCCUGGCCCUGUGGCCACAGAGGGGACGGGGGGCCAGCCCAAGGUCAGUCUACUAGCGUUAGACACUAUUUUUAUAAAAAAUAGGCAUUUUUAUUAUGACUAGUUUUUUAAAUAUAGUUUCUAUAUAAAGGAUAAAGGCCUUUAUACAGAAACAAGAUGCAAUCUUUCAUAUAAAGCCUUUUCUUCAAAAGACUGUGUGGUUCAUACCAUGAAUGCCUCACGAGGUAGGAUCUGGGCCCUUACCUGUACAUCAGUUCCUGAUGUUCCCUCCCUGGGUGCCCUGGGUGAACCUCUCUGGACCACUUGCCCAAAUGCCUGUGUCCAGGGGAGGUCACCCUCCCCACUGUGUGGGCUCCAGCUGGGGGAUGCGGGUGCCUUUCACCAUUAUUUAUGCAAUAAGAGAGACAUGAUAUUUCAUCACUAUUGUGAUGGCUGCAUAGCCUGGGACCCUGCCGGCACCAAAAAUGAAUGAAAUCCAAACAGUCACACCUAAGUCUCCCAAAACUCUCGUUUUGUUUUGUUUGUUUGUUUGUUUCUGGUGUCACUUGUGACAUCAGGGGCAGAACAGCAGACUUAAGAAAAUGUUUACUUUAGAGAAGCAUUUAUCCAGAUGCCAGCCCUCACACUCCCUAGCUUACUUUCGACAUAAUUUAGUUUUAAGAGAAGUAAAUACGUAACAUGGUUUUAGCCUUAGUGAGUACUUUUAAAUUAAUUAGACACAUAGAAAAGAGACAUUUGUAAUUCCAGUAGAUAGUUCUGUGAAUGCACGAGGACCACACGGGUGCGUAAGCACAGUGGAUCCAGCAGAGGGCAAGAUUGAGAGAGGAGGAGAGAGUUCAUUUGUCGAAAGGCAUAGAGAUGCCAAGGUUAGAUUAUUUCCAUUCACAAUCAUCUUGCUUCUUUAACUCAGCUCAGUUGUCAUAUAUAAAGAUAAAUAUAUACACGUAUGUCACAAGAGUAUGUAUUUUGGCCACUUGUUAAUGUGUAUAUAUGUACAUAUGGCAAGUUUUGUCUAUAUAUGGAUGUAGAGGCAUACUGUUGCAGAGGAGCCGCAGAGGAGGUUUCUGGUUCUACGUGGAUGGAAGCACCUCAUGGGUGAUCCCCACCCCACCCCCAUGACCUCUGGUAGCUGAAUGCUGAGAAAAAAGGAAGAAAAAGGAAGUCACAUGUCCAUUUUUCUCCUGAAACCUGAAGUCACCCACCGUAAAUAGUUGAUUGGAAAGAAAAACACUGAAAGACAUUAAGGAUGGCGGCCAAGCAAGGACCCAUAUCGUCCCAGGACCCGCACAGAGUUCCUCGAGUCUGUGUCCAAAACACCCGUUAUCCCCUGACCCCAUGCAGCAGGGCCGGGAACAUGGAGCCCUUGGGAUCUGGGCACCUGGGCCGACUGUAUUGUCCUCCCCGCACCACCCCACUGUCCAAGUACCCCCUCUGCAGAGUGCUCACGGAUGAGGCAGGGGGCGUGGAAGUAGGUAAACUCCAGAACUCUGAAACUAUCUUCAUGCUCUCCAUGAUUUCACAGAAGAAAACCUAAGAAUCUUGAGUCUGUUUUCUGUACAGCACAUGGUAUCGCACAACACAAACUUCUGCAGUCUUGAGUUUAGGGGGAAAAAAAUGAAAACUUCUGCCUACUCCUCCCGAAGUCGACUUCCAAACUGUGAGCCUGCUGGUGAGGCCCUCCUGAGCCCGUCUGUACAGAAGCGUUGCACUGAGACCUGCCGAGAUCCCCCAGCUCUGCGGCCACACGCUGAUGUCCAACCCGCUUGGCAUCCUACUUGGAUUCUUUCCUCGUCACACACACUUGGAUGACCCGGGUUGGGGCUGCUCUUCUGUGGGAAGGGCCAGGCAUUCAGUUGGCUUUCACUUCUCCAGGGCUGGAGUGGCUUCUCCGGAACACUUGUCAUCAUGCAGCAAUAAAGCCUGGAUUGGGGGCUGUGACUCCUCCCACAGAACCGUGGGCCUUAAGGAGUUGGAUUCUUAUUCCAUCUCAUGGGACUGGUGUCCAGGUGGGUCAGAGAGCAUGUGACGAGAAGCCAAAUGCCUCGUGCUCUCCCCCAACCGCUGCCCGCCUUACAAACCCGCAGGAGAGGCUUCAGCAGAGCCCUGGCCCCACUGUCCCGACCACGGUCCUUUGCUAUGUCUGCUGGGUCUUGGGGGGCCGCCCCUGCGCCACACUGGGAAUGUCUUGUACUGGAGCCUGCCGCCUAGGAUGGGGUUUAACCACCAGAGUCAUGGCCUGACAGCCACCACCAGAACCUUCCCGCUUUAUAGCUACACUCCUAGAUGCCCAGAACAAUACCCUGGACAGAUUGCCUUGGAGAUAAGGAAAGCAUUUAAGGAGGCACCGUUUACUUCCUCCAUGGAAUGUGGCAAAUAACUUUCUUAGGACAGGUAACCACUGAGUUUUUCCAGGUAAACAUGGGCAGAAUCUAAGAGUAUACCAGGUGACGUGUCAAUUAGCCAAUGCAUUUAAUACACAAUGCUUCUGUCUUUUUGUAAUCUUGUUUAGAAAUGUCAAAAAAAGACCCAGUCUACUGAUCAAUAAACUUCUGAAAAAAAUCA